AUGGUCCCCACUCCCAGCUCUCCUAGCUCGUUCCUUCGGUAUGGCUUGUCCCGCCGGUUUGGCCUCCGCCGGCGCCUCCUUCAGGGUCUCUUCAUAUGCAGUGUGACCUGGACGAUUGUGGAGGUGCUUUAUAUCCAUCACCGGGCUUCGACUAUGGUCCAAGUUGGGAACCGUCCCUCGCACCAAUCUGAGCGGCUAUUCAUCGCGAGCAUGCACUGGAACAACGAAGCAAUCCUGCGCAGCCAUUGGAACGAUGCGGUCAUAGAGCUAGCCAAGGCCUUUGGUCCUGAUAAUGUUUUCGUGAGCGUUUUUGAGAGUGGAAGCUGGGAUGAUACCAAGGGGGCCCUCCGAGAGCUUGACGCUGGGCUGGACCGACUCGGCGUGCGGCGCAACAUCACCUUGUCGGAUACAACUCAUGAGGAUGAGAUAUCCGCUCGUCCUCGGGAAGGCUGGAUCGAUACACCCCGCCAUAAGAAGGAACUAAGGCGCAUACCUUAUCUUGCGCGCCUACGUAAUUUGACCUUGCAGCCGCUGGAGGAGCUGUCGCAGCAAGGCAUUACGUUCGACAAGAUACUGUUCCUUAACGAUGUCGUCUUUACGGUUGAUGAUGUGACCACAUUACUCGGUACGAAUGACGGUUUCUACGCUGCCGCUUGCUCACUAGAUUUCUCGAAACCGCCUCUAUACUAUGACACAUUCGCCUUGCGCGAUUCAAAUGGCGAUGAGCAGGUGAUGCAGAAGUGGCCAUACUUUCGCUCCGCGGCUUCGCGCAAUGCGCUACUUGCCCUGUCUCCUGUGCCCGUCAAGAGUUGCUGGAAUGGAAUGGUUGCUAUGCCUGUGGAGCCCUUUGUAUCCACCACCCCUCUGCGAUUCCGAGCUAUCUCUGAUUCCCUUGCGCUUUCACACCUCGAGGGUUCCGAGUGCUGCUUGAUUCACGCAGAUAAUCCUCUUUCCCAACAGCAAGGGGUCUACCUAAACCCAAAAGUCCGUGUCGGUUAUAACCCCGCAGCAUACGAAGCUGUCCAUCCUACAGGGGCCUGGUUGUCGCUACAACAUGUGUCAUUGGCUCUCUGGGAGAAUAGAUUUCGACGUUGGCUUACAACACCAUUAUUCAAAAAGCUGGUCGUCCGCAGAAGAAUUGCUCGUUGGCAAGACGAUCAUGGCGACGAGCGAGAACCCGGCGAUUUCUGCCUAAUCAAUGAGAUGCAAGUGCUCGUCUUCAAUGGUUGGGCGCAUGUUUGA